AUGGCACAGCCUAUCCGUCUCAAGAAGCCCGCUGCUGCCGUCGCGGCCCCCCUCAACUCUGCUGCAUCCUCUAGCAGCGCUUCCAUCUCUGGACCAUCCAGCCAUGCCUCCGAAUCUCACACCCAGAACGUUGUCGUACUAGGCGGCUCGUACGGAGGCAUGCACGCAGCCACCGUCCUGGCCCAAAAGCUCCCUCCCUCCCACCGUGUCAUCCUCAUCGAGCGCAACUCCCACUUCAACCAUCUCUACGUCUUCCCGCGCUUCUCCGUCCUCCCAGGUCACGAACACAAGGCCUUCAUUCCCUACUCGAGCAUCUUCAAGGACGCUCCCGCUCGCCCGCAGGCCCAUAUCAAACGCGGCCGCUCCAGCACCCCAAGCUCGUCCAAGCACAACACAGCCCCUGUCACAUCGACUUCGCGUCCCAACAACAACACGCGCAACGCACUCGAGAUGGGCUCCACCUCCUCGGCCGAGACCAAGCCAGGUCCAUCCAGGAAGACCGCAGCCGGCUUGGCCUCUACGCCCAGCUCCAUGCCCAACGUCCCCGAGAAUGCACAGGUCGACGGCGCCACCUCGCCCGCAAGCGACGACUUCCUCGACUCGGCUCGCGCAGACUCGCCCAUCUCCUCUCGCGCACGCUCCCAGGACAGUCGCCACUCGUCCCAAUUCUCGGUCUCGACCGACUCGAGCGCCGCAGACUCCGACUCAAACAGCUCCUCCUACGACGUCACAAGCACCGCCGCCUCCUCCUACAUCGAGACCGACAUCAAGGUCGCAGGCCCUUCGGGCUUCGCAUCCGAGCUCUCCAACAACGCCGCAAAGGCACGUCAGGAGGAACAGCUCGGCAGGCCCGAGAUUCAGGUCACCGAGCUCACCGACGCCGUCGAGCAUGGCCUCGAUCUCGACGGUACCAACGAUGCCGAAAGCGACGACGACGUAGCACAGGGCUUCGAGAACUCGGCUCCGCACAUCGUGCUCCAGGCUACUGUCACCGACAUCUCGCCCACCCACGUCACCGUCACUCCCACCGCCUCCUCCUCCGCACAUCACCUCUCGCAGUUCGCCAAAAAGAAGUCGCUCUGGUCCAUCGACAGCGUGCAGAUCCCCUACUCGCAUCUCGUCUACGCGCUCGGCAGCCACCUUCCGGACCCGCUGCGCACCGAAGCGCGCUUCAAGGCAGACGGCACCCACUGGAUGCGCGAAAUCCAGCAGCGCGUCAAGGCUUCCGACGAGAUCGUCCUCGUCGGUGGCGGCGCGCUCGGCGUCCAGUUUGCCACCGACAUCGCAUCCGUGCAUCCAGGCAAAAAGGUGACCCUCAUCCACUCACGCAAGCAGCUCCUGCCCAACUUUGACGAUCGCGUUCACGACAUCGCCUACCACCGCCUAAAGCAGCUUGGCGUCAACGUUGUUCUGGGCGAGCGUCUUGCGCUCACCGAGGGAUGCCCAAGAGGCUCGACGGUGCAGGCCUCGGCAGCCAGUGUGGGCACGGCUGCUGCUGCACCUGUGUCGCAAAAGCCCGAGGUGUGUGUCGCUGGCGACGCAAAGGGCGAGGGCGUGCAGGCGCAUGCCGAGGGCAUGUGCAUCGGCAGCGGACGCAAGCUCGUCCGCACCACGGGCGGCAAGUCGUUCGAGUGCGAUCUUCUGCUGCUCUGCACGGGUCAGCAGCCCAACUCGUCGCUCAUGGCAAAGCUUAGCCCCAGCUCCGUGGAUCCGGGCAGCAGGCUCGUGCGUGUGCACCGUACGCUCCAAGUCGCCGUGCCCGACCCGCGCGACGCGGCACAGCAGCCCUUCGACGCCAAGCCGCCGUGUGGCGACUGCGACUGCUUCCUCGACAAGAAGGCGCACGGUGCCGAGCUGGCCAGCGACGAACAGGGGCAUCUUGAACACCACCUUGGCGGUCACGUCUCUGGCAGGCUGCCCAACGUCUAUGCGAUUGGUGAUGUUGCCGAUGCGUUUGGCGCGCUCAACGCAGGAUACCAGGCGUGGAACAUGGCCGAUGUCGCAACGGACAACAUCCUGCGCGAUAUCAACGCGAAGAACGGCACGUCGGGCGACGCGCAGAUGGUCGACUUCCAGCCCGCGGUCAACAUGCUCAAGCUCAGCCUGGGGCUGGGCAAGAUGGUCUUCCAAGGCUCCGUCAUGGCCGAUGAUACGCCCGCGGAGCAGAUCAACCCGAGCGAUACGGGCGAUCUGGACGACUUGCCCUCCAACAACAUGGACAGGCUCGAUGUGAAUGGUCGCAUCCCAGGCAGGCCUGAGAUCACCAUCAAGCACGACCCCAACGACCUCGGCGUCGAAGGCGUCUGGGCGUUCAUGGCCAACGCAGACCCUUCGGAUAUGCACAAGUAA